UGGGACAUCCAACAGCUUUGUAGGAAAAUCCAACCACCACUGCCAUGCCUCAGCUUUUCCCAUCAAACCUGCUCAGAGCCCUUCGUGGAGCGGCCCCUGUCGCCGCAGCCUGCUCAGCCCCAAGAAAACCCCCCGGCGCUUCAUCAGCACGGCCGAGGAGACUGUUCGGGAGGAAUACAGGCAGUUGCUUCAGAUGGUCACAGGGAAACAGUUUUCCACGGCCAAGCCCUCUUCACUGUUCCCCUUCCAUCUGUCCAGGUGUUCAAAUUCCAGCAAACCUGGAGUGAAAGAAGCCCCCAGCCAGAACUCGAAGCUCUUUGAAGCUCACAGUGUUGCACCAGCCAGUCCAGCAACCAGCGUCCUGAGGGCGCAGGAGCAGCCGUCCCCUAAACCAUCGCUCUACUCUGCCCCCACCUACUCCUCCAGCAUCUUUGAGUCCAGAAACUCCACAGCCCAGCAGCAGCAGCAAGAAAACCUACCAGCAUCUACCACACAGUCUGAAGGGUCAGACUCUGUCAUUUUGCUCAAAGUAAAGGAUUCCAGAACCCCAGCACCAAGCCUCCCAUUCUUCCAGGCAGAACUAUGGAUCAAAGAACUGACCAGCGUCUACGACUCGCGAGCUCGGGAGAGGUGGCGGCAAAUAGAAGAGCAAAAAGCAUUGGCCUUGCAGCUGCAGAGCCAGCGGUUGCAGGAACAGGAGCACUCUGUGCAGGAUCUGGUGGAUUUAAACCUUCGAGUCCCCUUGGAGAAGGAAAUCCCUGUCACGGUGGUCCCAGAAGAGAAAGAGGAUGCCAAGUCAGCUGAUGGUGAAGAGGAGUUCCCCGAAAUCACCGAGGAAAUGGAGAAGGAAAUCAAGAGCGUGUUCCGAGGUGGGAACCAGGACGAGGUCCUCAGUGAAGCUUUUCGGUUGACAAUCACUCGGAAAGACAUCCAGACCCUCAAUAACCUGAACUGGCUCAAUGAUGAGAUAAUCAAUUUCUACAUGAACCUGCUGAUGGAGAGGAGCAAAGAGAAGGGGCUGCCGGCAGUUCACGCCUUCAAUACUUUCUUCUUCACCAAGUUAAAAACAGCAGGGUACCAGGCUGUGAAACGGUGGACUAAAAAAGUGGAUGUCUUCUCUGUGGAUCUCCUUCUGGUGCCCAUCCAUCUGGGAGUGCACUGGUGCCUCGCAGUUGUAGACUUCAGGAAGAAAACCAUCACCUACUACGACUCCAUGGGUGGAAUUAACAGCGAAGCCUGCAGGAUCCUGUUGCAAUACUUAAAACAGGAAAGUCUUGACAAGAAGAGGAAGGAGUUCGACACCAAUGGCUGGUCGCUGCUGAGCAAGAAGAGUCAGGAGAUCCCGCAGCAGAUGAAUGGCAGCGACUGUGGGAUGUUCGCCUGCAAAUACGCUGACUGCAUUACCAAAGACAAGCCCAUCAACUUCACCCAGCAGCACAUGCCGUACUUCCGCAAGCGCAUGGCCUGGGAGAUCCUCCACCGCAAGCUCCUCUGA